AUGUCUGUCUCAUAUAAUUCGGAUGCUACCCUUCAGGAUGCCACUUGGGUGGCCAUGCUUCUGAGCGAACGCGAUGUCGCUGGCCAGAUCCCAAUCAAUUUUGUCACUAACCCCGGCGUUUCAUUAUCAUCAGCUUGCUUUGCUGAUGGUCUCUAUGCCCGAAUACCCGGUGCGGACUGCAUAUCAAAUCUACUGUCGAUCGGAUAUCGACGACUAGUACUGGAUAUAUAUUGGUCAGUGGAGCGCAGGACAUGGUCAUUUUGCCCGGUCGAAGUCCCCAAAAAGGCCGAUGUGACCGUCUCUGCAUAUACAUCUACCUUUACGAGUACAUCGACAACGUCUACCAUGACAUUGAUGGAAACAGCUUCGACAACAACAGGUGCCGCAUCACCGACUAUCACGGCAUAUACGGAUUCUCAUGGGGAUGCGGUCUACGAGCUCGGGCCAUAUAGAUGCACAAAUGAUCUCGAUUUGUACACAUUAACUGAAGUUUUGACCGGAUACUUCAAGGCUACGUCAACCGAGCUGACCGGCUACAUAAUCUAUCUGGCUCUGAAUCUGCAUGUAGCCGGAAGUGACGCGGAGCCGACGAAGCCAGCUUCAGCUGUGACGGGCAAUGAUCUCCCUAAAAUAGAUAUAGAACGCGCUGGCGCAUUCUUCAAAACCGUACUUUCGAAUUAUAUCUACACCCCCGUCACGCUGGCCAGUGACCGGAGCAACUUGAACGCGUCUUGGUACGAAGUUGAAGAAGAUUAUAAGCCUAUCACUGAAUAUUUCACGAUUCACAGGGAUGAAACAGGCCAGCAGAGUACUCCAGAUGGCUGGCCAUCGUCAAAAUUCAUACUACUCGCAAAUACGAACCGAAUCCUAAUCGAAUAUGGGUCCAUUGACCCCCAAUUGGCAGACUAUGAUUGGUCUCAGGAUGGGGAGGUCAUUUUUCCUCCGUCAUAUCUGACUUCGGCAACCAGCACUUCUACUACCAACGAUACUUUCUCUUCGAGCUGUAUCUAUAAUCCGGAAGCCACAGACGUAUCCCAGGCCAAUUCCUCCUGGGCCAUUUCCAAUGGCCUCACUGUUGCAGACGGUCUAUCCCCAGAGAGUACAAUGUCAUCUAUAAAUAAUGUUAUCGCAGGCCUCACGGCAUGUGGCAUUUCCCCAUUCCUGAACAGCACCCUUUUCGGCCAAUCCGCUGACGUCAGCAUCUCCAACUAUCGUAACCUCUCCCUUUCCACAGGAUGGGCGUGGGCCCCUGGUGAGCCCCAGGGUGCAGGUACCGGUGGCGGCACAGAGGGUCAGCCAUCGUUCGACCGCUGUGCAAUCAUAGACCCGUCACUACAGGGUCGCUGGCGAGCAACCAACUGCUCCGACACGCGGCGCGGAACCUGCCGAGUAGGAAAUUCCCCCUUCGAAUGGACAUUAUCGCAUUCGACCGGGGAUUUCUCAUCAGUCUCCAAUCUAUGUCCGUCCGGCUCUGAAUUUGCAGUGCCUCGAAACGGGAUUGAAAACACCUAUCUGUACAAAUACCUCUUGACCCAGUCCGAUGAGCUUAGCACAACAGCAGACUCCGGUCCAGGUGUCUUUCUCGACUUCAACUCCAUCAGUGUCACAUCCUGCUGGGUUUCGGGUGGACCAAAAACCGCAUGUCCCUAUAUUUCUAAUCCACAGCAGCUGGAGCGCAGGACUGUGCUUGUUGCGGCGAUAGCUGGAAUUGUCAUCUGCAUCAUUGCUGCCCUGACUGGGUUCGUCAAGUGUAAUGCGAACCGGCGGAACUCUCGACGUCGAAAACGGGUCAUUGCUGGAUGGGAAUAUGAAGGUGUUCCCUCAUAA